CACACACACACACACACACACACACACACACAGAGUAAGAGAGGAGACAGUCACACCUCUUCACUCUCCGUCUGCUCAGUGUCCGAGACCUAUCCCUACUUCUCUCCACAUUCAGGUGCCUCCUCUCUUCCUGUCUGCAGGGUUUAAUGCAGGGACACAAAGUGGACUCAUAACUGGACCUGAAGACUAAAAUGGUUCCAGUUAAACUCCUCAUACUGGGAGCUCAGAACACGGGGAAAACAGCUCUGUGUGUUCGUUUCAUUACCAAGCGCUUCAUCGGGGAAUACGACCAUAAAAAGGAGGUGACGUACAGAUGCAGUCGCUUGGUGGAUCAGGAAUCUGUGGAUCUGGAGAUCUUGGACACGGCUUGUAAGGACAGCUGUGCGGCGUCUCUGGAGUCGUCCAUCCGCUGGGCUGACGGUUUCCUGCUGCUUUACUCCAUCACACAGCGCCUCAGCUUCCUGGAGGUGCCUCGACUCAAGAAGCUCAUCGAGAAUACCAAGAAGAGUCUGGUUGUUCCUACAGUGCUGGUAGCCAAUAAAGCAGACUUGGAGAUCGGCCGGCAGGUGACGACAGACGAAGGACAGAGACUGGCCAAAGAUUUGAGGUGUGCUUUCAGGGAGCUGUCGGUUGCAGAGGCAGUUUUAGCCGUGGAAGCUGCAGUGUUUCAGCUCAUCAGGGUGGUGUUGGAUCAGCAGCGCCCCCUGCCGGACCGUCGCUCCUACAUGCUGAGUGUCCGUCACGCUCUGACCCGGAAACUGACCCGCUCCAAAACCAUGCAGUGGUGACCGAAGAGAACAAAACCAACACCUGUUAGUAUACCUGUUAGUAUACCUGUUAGUACAUUAAAACUGUGGCUGUUCUUUAUGACAGUAUAGCUUAUUUGCAGCACUAUAAAAUAUUAAAACAAGUGAAUCAUUUUGGAUGUUUUUCCUAAACUGCAGGUCUGACAGGUGGGAGGUGGGAGCUGUGAUUUAUAUCAGGUCACAUUCAGGAGUGUUUGUCCUAAGUUGUUGUGUGUUGUAUCCUCCACUAGAGGGCGGUAGAGUCGUUUAAUUCGGUGUUUCGGACUUAAAACGGCCCCACAGGAUUUUUUUAAAUCCACUGUUUGGCCUUAAAAAAGGAUCAGGAUCAGGAUCAGGUCACUUUUUAAGUACCUGUAGGUAGAUUUGUAGAUAAGAGACAUCCACCAUGAUACACAAAUUACACAACAGAUGUAACGGGAAAACAUUAGAGAGAAGAAACCUACUCAAACAUGAUUUAAAAAAAAAUUGAUAAAAGUGCUUAAUGUUCCACCAAUCAGGGCAUGCAAGAGAAAUAAAAAUCAACAAAAAAAUCAAUAAAAAACACAAAUAAAGACUCUGUUGGGUGAAAAUACAUUUUGAACUUAAAUGAAUAAAUACGUAUGUGCAAAUAAAUCUUUUCUCCUGUGCA